AUGUUUUCCACCGACCAAAUCCGGUUGCAAUGCGGGGGGGCUGAAGCGUCCACCGCCUUUGCCGGCCCUCGGGCUGUCAUUGGGAAGCGCGAAGUACAUACAGGGCAGAAAUCCAAGUUGAGAAGCUCUGAAAGCCAGCGACAACUGCGCUGCGAAACCCGCCUUUGUGUUUGUCGGACCAGAGACUCAUUGCGGGAGUAA